UGCUACACAGACAUUUUUGUCAUUCCAGUUUACGGCUGACGGGAAACGGCUCCUUACCUGACCGUGAAAACAAACCCCUGAAUACUUAAAAGGGCUUGCUUUUUCUGUUGACUGAAUAUCGCCUCAAAGCAGCAAUCAAGAUGUUUUACACAUGUGGACCCAAUGAAGCCAUGGUGGUGUCCGGCUUUGGCCGUUCUCCUCCUCUAAUGAUUGCUGGAGGAAGAGUGUUUGUCUUCCCGUGUAUUCAGCAGAUCCAGAGAAUCACUCUCAACACGCUGACUCUAAAUGUGAAGAGUGACAAAGUCUACACUCGCCAUGGUGUCCCCAUCUCUGUCACUGGCAUUGCACAGGUGAAGAUCCAGGGACAGAACAAGGAGAUGUUGGCCACUGCCUGCCAGAUGUUCAUGGGCAAGUCUGAGCCUGAGAUUGCCCAGAUUGCACUAGAAACACUGGAGGGACACCAGAGAGCCAUCAUCGCCCACUUGACUGUGGAGGAGAUCUACCAGGACCGUAAGAAGUUCUCAGAGCAGGUGUUUAAGGUCGCUUCCUCUGACCUGGUCAACAUGGGGAUUGGUGUUGUCAGCUACACGCUCAAAGAUGUUCAUGAUGAUCAGGACUAUCUUCAUUCACUGGGUAAAGCCAGAACGGCCCAGGUGCAGAAGGAUGCCAGAAUUGGAGAGGCUCAGUACAAACGAGAUGCUGUCAUCAGGGAGGCCCAAGCCAUGCAGGAGAAGGUGUCAGCUCAGUACAAGAAUGAGAUUGAGAUGGCAAAAUCCCAGAGAGACUUCGAGCUGAAAAAGGCAGCCUAUGAUGUUGAGGUCAACACCAAGAAGGCUGAGUCAGAAAUGGCCUAUCAGCUUCAGGUGGCCAAGACCAAGCAGCGCAUUGAGGAGGAGAAGAUGCAGGUUCAGGUGGUGGAGCGGACACAGCAGAUUAUGCUGCAGGAGCAGGAGAUCACCCGUAAGGAGAAAGAGCUGGAAGCUAAAGUCAAGAAGCCUGCAGAAGCAGAGAAAUACCGCCUGGAGAGGCUGGCUGAGGCUCAGCGCCUGCAGCUCAUCAUGGAGGCUGAGGCUGAGGCCGAGUCCAUCAGGAUGAGGGGCGAGGCAGAGGCAUUUGCCAUGGAGGCUAAGGGCCGUGCCGAAGCGGAGCAGAUGAAUAAGAAGGCAGAGGCCUUCAAGCAGUACAAAGAAGGAGCCAUGGUGGACAUGCUGCUGGAGAAACUGCCACUGAUGGCAGAAGAGAUCAGCAAGCCACUGUCGGCCACCCAGAAAGUCACCAUGGUGUCCAGUGGUGGCUCAGAGGUGGGAGCGGCCAAGCUGGCUGGAGAGGUGCUUGAAAUCAUGACCAGGCUGCCUGCCGCUGUGGAGAAACUCACCGGGAUCGACAUCUCUCAGGCUACAGGAAGUCCCAUCCAUGUGCAUUAAGAAGAGAAAGAGAGGAUGUGUCACCAAUACUCAGACAAGAAGCUCCAUAUCUGCUCUUUGGGCCUAUAACCACUGUUGUGUCACCACUUCAACACUGUAGUCCUGUCUGAUUGUUUGUGUGCAUGCAUGUUUAUCCCUAGUGUGUCUCUAUUGGAUCGUCCUUCAUCCUCUUCCAGGGAUGUGAGUGCUCAUUAAUGUGGUUUCUAGUCAUGUGCCUGAUGAGUGCUGGUGUGCUAGCUGCUAUGAGUGAUAGCAGUAGCAGCUGUAAGGGAUAUGAUUAUUAGCCAGUGAUGAUCCUUGUAGGAAAUCCUUUGUCUUUGAUGCUUUAUAUAAAACCCUCAAUAUGCAAGUUUUUUAUUUCCUUGCUGUAAUCAGCGUCAUUUUCCCUGCAUAGGGACUGUGUCAAUAAACUGCCGUUCACUUUAGAACUUUUUAAUAUAGACAAAUUUUAUGGCUGUAGUCAGUUUUUUUUUUCCUGUGCCUUUCAAGUCAUAAAAUGCUGCUGAGACCUCUCACCACCACAUAGUGUUUGCUAGUCCUUUAUAAAAAGACAAAGGUGGGGGUGUGCUAGUUUAUUUCAUAGAUCUUGUUGUAAUCGCCAGUGCACUGCAGAUUAUCUGACUACAUUAUCGAGCCCCAAAAUCAUAUCAGCUGCCCUGCAUGUGGAAGGAUUUUGAUUUGUGUUUCAAAAUGAAGGGAAAGGAAGUGGUCGAUGGAAACAAAGUAUAAGGGUUUCCUGUUGAAAGCAACGAAAGUGUGUUGUGGUGGGAAAAAAAGUGUAGGCCUUUGGCUCUGCUGCAGUGUUUUCUUGAGGUUUGGCUUUUAUAUGUCAAGAGUGAAGAAGUAACAUCACAAACUAACCAAACUUUGAUGUGCUUGCUGCCUGAAGUUUAAACUGACAUAAACCAACAUUUGUUGUACUAACUAUACAUGAUCUUAUGAUGCUGUGUAUUGUAGAUUUUGGCUCAUUUUAUAACUUGUAGAUAUGGGAGGUUUUGAAAGACUUCUUAUCAGGACCUCACAGGCUGCCUCUCUUUUUUUUCAUCCUCUUCACUAUCAGUCCAAAGUUUGCCAGUUGCCAAGCCUUAUACAUCUUGUUACCGCCAAGUGCCUGGUUAAGAAACUCCUCAACUAUCUAACUUCUAGUUUGAUAGAAGUUUGAACUUCUAUCCAACUUCUCUCUUAAGCCUAUUGCAACUCUGUCAGGGAACAUUUCCUAUAUCCAACUGAUCAUAAGCCAUGCUGUAGAUGAAAGCCAAAUGUGUCUCUACUCCUUUCGUAUUUUCUUUGGGACUAAUCUUUUACCUUUCUUAUGAAAAUUGUGUUGUUGCAUAUCUGUCCUUUUUUAAGUUAACAUAGUUAUAAGUGUGAAAGUUUCUUGCUAGUGUUAAAUAUUCAACACGUAGGUAUCUGUAGUGAAAAGUUAAUGCAGACAAUAAAAAUAUGGUUUAAUUACUGAAA